AUGCGCAGGCACGUCGCCCAGCGCGAGCUGGUUCGCGCCGCCCAACCCGGACGAACCUGCGCCGCCCCCGCUCCGCCCCCGCCGCCGUCGCCUCCGCCGCCGCCCCCGCCCCCGCCCCCGGGGAUUCCCCUUCAGCCCGGACUUCAACCGCCGGCUUCGGCGUCGUUCGGCCUUAGGCCUCGGCGCAGGCCUCGGCCCGGGGCCUGGACCCCUCACCACCGCGGUGACAGGCUGCUCUUCCAGACCUUCUUCCAGUUGCUGCUGCGCAUCCUUCGGCGGUGGCACUUCGUGAACCAGGCGUCGGUGCGGUACCGUCUAGCGGAGGGGGUAAUCGAACUACGCGACGGGGAGGAGCUGCCUGACGAGGCACAAGAUGGCGGCGGCGACGACGACGACGACGACGAUGACGACGACGACGACGAGGACGAGGACGAGGGCGGAGCCGGGACGGCCCUUCCCGGCGCCGCCCCGUUCUUCGACGCGUCGUCCGCCAUCCCACCGACCGGCCAACCGCCUCUCUACCCGUUCUCGCUGUUCGGCGAGACGCUGUCGUCUGUUUUCACCGGGGCGCCGUCGUCAUUCCCCCAGCCGCCGUUCGCAAGCGGCUCGUCCUACCCCGCUCAUCCGUCCUACCCCACGGUGCCUCCCUUCACCAACCAGCCUUCCACGUCGGGCGAGAGCUCGUCCAACGACCGCCCGGUCGAUCUGUCCACCAAAUCCAACGCACACGCCGCCUACGAAGUGGCCUACGAGCAGAUUUCCAGCGACGAAGGGUCGGACGACGGGGGCGACGAGCGGGACGACAACCCUAACGUGGCGAGCGCCCCCGGAGUCGUGCCGGAAGCAGCGAACCCGGUUGGAGAAGAGGCGAGCAACGCCCCGGAAGAGAACUACGCCAGCGACGACGAGAGCGCGGAAGAGCAACCCACAAACUACUCCACAACGGCCUACCCGCAGCCCACGGGCUGCCAAGCAACCCAAAGUGACACAGAAGAGGAACCAGACAUGCCCGUGUACCAACCCGACGACCCGCCAGCGCCGUCGUGCUCGCGGAGCCAGGGCGAGCGAGUGAGCGCGUUUCGCGUCAACGGACGCGACGUCGUGCUCCCCGUCAACCCCGGCAGCAGCCAGCGCGACCCAGACGCAGACUCCGCCGUCGGGUUCACGAUCUUCGACCAGAAGAUGACACAACUCGCCGAGGAUCCGCGGAGCAGCGACUCGGAGGCGGCGUCCAGCCCUCGCGGGUUCACCAACGGCGACGGUCACCUCACCCUCAUCCAGCCGGACGCCGAGUACUCCAGCAGCAGCGCCGGCGCGGCCAACCCGGUCGCCAUGGUGAGCGGGCGACGCGACGACGAACCGGAGGACGAGGGGAGCUCCGGGGCGUCCAGCAGUUUGUCGCGCAGCCGUCGCUCGACGCGCAGCGCGCGCAGCUGGUCCGACGCAUCCUCUAGAGCAUCGCGCAGCGACGGCGACACCAACGCCCGCAGCGACCACUCAACCGCCACCACCACCACCACCAGCAGCACCGCCAGCGACCGACGAAGCGACGUGUCGAGCGUCGUCAGCAGCGAGGAGGUGGACAUUCGGGAAGACAUCGACGCCACCGACUCGGAGGCGGACGACGCCGCCGCGGCCAUGGACACACAAGACUCGGACGUCGAGAUCGGCGCCGGCGUCGAUUCCGACGUGGACGACGCCCGCGGCGGCGUGGAGGCGACGCACCAAGUGCAGCAGUUCCACGCCGCCGCCGCCGCGGGGCGCUCCGCCGAAUCGGUAAGCUCGUGCACUUGGCCGCCACCCGCCUUGCGCACGGCGCUAGUGCCUCUGCCCAACGAAGAGCCUCGACGAAAUCCACCUCGGUGCGCGCGGUGGAUUUACACCUACGAGCCACCUCUCGUCGCGCGCACCGCCCCCUCCGUCGUCACUGGCUCUUCUUCCCACCUCGCCUCGGCCUCGGCCCCCUCCUCCUCACGCGGCGGCAGUAACACAUGA